UGACUCAAAUUAAAUUGCACUCAGAUUUCAGUCUCUUGAAGUGUGUCUGUGUGUCAUUUAUUCGCCGACUCCCUGACCACCCCGCGCAACCUCUCAACCCUGAGAUGGCCUCACUGUCCACUGCUGUGCUGUUCCUCGGCAGGUGGCGCCCAACGGUGGGGCCCGACCUUCCAUUUCAUUGAAUUUCCACCCAAAGGAGAGGAUGCCGACACCCCUGUCUGGAUCCCAGACAGACUCAUCUGCCACUGCCCGCCGGUCUGGAGCGCGAGCCCAGGUUCUCCGCCACCGACGGCAGAUGGCGCGCUUGACGAGGAGGAUGCGUGUCGCCUUCAACUCCUGCGGGAGCAUCCCAGCUGCCUGCCGACGUGGGGUCACAUAAAGGCCCUCGCAAGGAUGGCUGAAAACCUGGUCCAACAAAAUAAUGUUCCACGCACUGCCUCAUCAAUUUUCCUGGCACUUAUUGCCAUUUUGGCAACUCAGUCCACACCUGUACAAUCGGCCCAAUUUUGGGCUUACGUCCCCGAGCCACCUUUUCUGCACCCGGUUCCCUGGACAGAAGGCUCUGUCAUAAAGGUAUAUGUUAAUGACACCAACCUUCUUGGUGGCUUGGCUGAUUUUCACUCUGAACACGUGGUUUCUUCCCCUAUUGAUUAUGAGGGCCUGUCUGAUGGCCCUCCACUCUGUGUCUAUGCUAACUCUGUAUCCCUUCCUGGUUGUAUGAUGCUACAUUACGUUUUCAUGCUCACUGAUGCACCACCUCGCACUACCCCUGAAAGCCAUCCAACGAACAACAAAGACCGUGUCAUCUGGGAUUUAACGUUCAUGGCCUUGGACCAAUUAACGGUGGACAAUGGAAUCGGCACCUUCUCCUCACCGCCCUUUACUCCCCCUUUUCCCAACUGUGCUCAAAAAUAUCGGGAUGUUGACCAAUUCUGGGAUUCUCUUAUUUCUUACCCAGUUUGGCUGCACUGUGGUUUUUCUCAGGCAAUGCCUAUAUCCCCUCUUAUGUCUCAGUUUACUGUAUAUGAUUUUUCGUUUGCUGUUCCAACCCUUCCCUACAGAAAGUUUUCUGUUGGUUGGGUGCCACCCAUGUAUGUUUUUAAUCAUCACAAUAAGACUUAUUUUCAGCCUGAACUCUUUCGUCUCUUCGCUGCCUUCGAUGAUGUACAUUUCAAACAACAAGGACAGGACACAUGGACAUGGACAUCCCCAGUGCGUGCCUGCGUUGGAUACCCCUUCGCUAUACUUCUGGGCAACACCUCAGCUACACACAUUCAACUGCGUGGGACUUCUUACUCCAUUCAUUGUUCCGGUUGCAUUGUUACUAAUUGUAUUACCCCUUCUCUUGCUCGUUUGUACCCUGUUAUAAUCUUACUCAAAAGACCGCCCUAUGUUAUGUUACCUGUUGAUUUACAUAAUAUGCCUUGAUAUGAUAAUAUUGCCAUGAAAGUUUUGGAUGAAGUCCAUGCUCUUCUUCAUCCUAAACGUUUUAUUGCUAUCCUUAUUCUAGGCAUUGCUGCUCUGAUUUCCCUGGUUACCUCCUUGGUUACUUCCUCUGUUGCUUUAAUUCAGGAAGCUAAGACAGCUUCUUUUGUAAAUGACCUUACCAAAAACGUGUCCAUGGCACUCUCUACACAGCGGGACAUUGACUAUAAGUUGGAAAGAAAGAUAAAUGCCCUGGAAGAAAUUGUUAUUGCUAUUGGCGAUGAGGUUCAACUUCUCAAACAACAACUGUCUACUCGUUGCCACGUUCAGUUUCGUUUCGUGUUAUGCCUUUGCAUUAUAACUCCUCUCUACAUUGGAAUCUUAUUAAACAUCACCUAUUGGGCAUCUGGCAUGACAAUGACCUUUCUCAUGACCUUGCGUCUCUUCAGUCUGAAAUCUCUGCUGUCAGUAAAUCUCAUCUGGAUACUUCAGUCUCUUCCUUUGCCCAUUCUCUGGCUUCCACUCUCCAAUCUUUGACUCCUACUCACUGGUAUCAUCUUGUUCUCUCCUUCCUUGCUCUUUCCCUACUUGUUUUGCUCCUUUGUUUGUUUGUUCCUCUCUGUGUCCGUUCACUUCACAGGUCCAUCUACUGCAUCCAGCGUGACAUGUAUGCUUAUCAACUUCAUUCUAAAAACAAAGGGGGACCUGCUGCACCUCCCCCUGCAGUGACCUUCAGGGCUAAUGGCUGUUGCCAUGGUCCCUGAGGUCCGGCGUGGGCAAGGAACCAUGUGCGCAGGGGGAGAACAGCAAACUCCCUAAAGCUUAGAUAAGCCGGAUGCCUGUUAACGACCACCAGAAGCCGCCAUGAAGAUUGUUAAAAGGAAUGCUGAACACACGGUACCUUAUCUCGCUUUCUCAAGGCCCACACACUUUAUUCUGCUACAACUGUCUUUCUAAAAUCUUUCCUUUUUCUGGUCAUUGGUUGCUAAUUAAAAAACAUACAUAAUUUAAUAAACAGGCUAAUCCAAAUGAAACAUUACUAAACACUGUGUAAUAAUAGAAUUGUUGGCUUAAUAAUCUUUCUAUUAUGUGCUUGACUCUAGUACCUUUGAUCUUAACUACAUUAUAAAAUAAAUUCACCCAUAACAAUUAAUUAUGAGUAAAAAUCAGUAGGUAGUAGUAGUUAGUGCAACAAGAAUAUAAUUACAUAGAACAAAAGAGUUAAUAGCCUGACUACUUAGGAAUGCGGCUAGGUCCAGAUGUAACUUCGAACAUAGAUCACUGCCUGUCAAUGAUAAGCUAAACCUAUGAGCAAGCUGAUUUCUUUGAUGUUCACUGUUCCUAUGCUUUUAGAAAAAACAUAUAUACUGGGCACAAACCCAAAGAAAAUUACACUCAGAUUUUCACUCUCUUGAAGUGUGUCUGUGUGUCAUU